AUGGUUAUUCUAGCUGGAGCUGCAGCUUCUGUAGCUACAGCUGCUGUAAUUGUUACCGCUAGUGGUGUUGGCGGCUGUGGCGGUGGAGGAUGCGGUGGCGGUGGUUGUGGAGGGGGUUGUGGAGAACAGGCACCAGACUUGAUAAGUCUUCUUCUAUUGAUUGAAGUUCAAGUUACAUGCACAUGUAUCAUAUGUCAAAUGAACAAGUUUCCUACUAGCUUUUUGAAGUUUUUGAAACUUAGAAAGAUGAAAGCCUAUGCUAUAGUUCUCAUAGUCUGCGGUUCUAUCGCUGCAGCGGUUAUUGUUUUGUGUUGUGUCUUCAAUAAUGGCAAAAAGAAGAAAACCCAAGUUCCAAACACCACUAAACAACCAACCAUCCGCCAGCAUCCACCACUCCGAACCGAUCCUGACCUUGAAAUAGGUAAGAAAACCACCAAAACAACAGAAAAAGAUGGAGGAAUGGUUAUUCUAGCGGGAGCUGCAGCUUCUGUAGCUACAGCUGCUGUAAUUGUUAGUGCUAGUGGUGGUGGUGGUGGUGGAUGUGGUGGUGGUGGUGGGGAUAGUGGAGGAUGUGGUGGUGGGGGAUGUGGCGGUGGUGGCUGCGGUGGCGGUGGCUGUGGAGGGGGUUGUGGUGGUUGA